AUGGAGGUUCAGGUUGGCGAAAGGGUGGCGUUGCUCACAACGCACAAAACCUUCCGCGAUGACACUGAAGGCGGUCUGAGGGCGGUGGCGGAUUAUCCGCCAUUCUGUAAGUAUGUGGCAGCGUGCGCAGGUCAUGGCCCUGUGCCUUCUACAUUCGUUAUCCGCAAUAUUAGACGGGUGGCACAGCGCGUUGUGGGAUUGACUAUGGAUGUGGAGUGUGAUACACGCAGUGGGAAGGUUGUUCAGACUGUAGACCUCUGCGACUCCAGUCCUGCCAUUAUCCUCCCUGUUGCCGCCGUCAACGACACCCGAUACGCUAUACUUGUAAGGCAACGCCAGGUCUCUGUCGGCUGCAAUUUUAUCCUGGAGGCUUUCUGCGGCGCGGUAAACGAUACCGGGAACCUUACGGCACCAAAAGACGAGUUAUUUCAACAAUUAGGCGCUGAUCUUCAACAAGUGCGUGCGGUCAGCUCAAAAGGGUACACUGUAGGUAACGAAGGGACGGCGCCAUACAAGGUUUACUCACUCGCUGUGGAAAUGACACCUGAAACUCUUCAGACACUUCAGAAUGCCUCAAAGGUUGUGGAGAAUUCAUUGGUUGCGCUGCCAUUGGAUGAGGUAGUAUCCACGGUAAGUGACGCAAAGGCGUGCUUGGCGGCGUCACUGCUGUUGGUUUCAUGA